UUUUUUUUCUUUACAAUGUGCGUUUUGCAUCAAUAUUUUGCACGACCAUUUCCAUUACUUCCCUCCCCAAUCUUCUGGUACAGACGUCUUGUGUAUACAAGGCGAAUGGGGUAUGUUUCUCCGCCCGACGCCUCUCCUCAAGCACUCACAAAGCGUUCGUCACCUUUGGAACGCCACAGCAAGCUGUGUGGAACCCGUUCCAAGCUGCGUAGCCCGGGAUCACGGACGCGUUCCUCGGCACUUCGUAGCAUUGCGCAAGUUCGCGUUUGCUCCGCCUUCUCCAGCGACGUCACCUAGCAACACCCAACACGAGGAUUGCGUAGUACUCUUCCAGCUUCCGCGUUGAAAAUGGCGGACCUGUAUCUUAUUUUGCUUGAAGAAGGUGUUGCUGAGGGCGAGCCGGUGCGCACCUUCCGUAGAAAUAGGGAUGCUUUUUCGACACUGUCGGAACAAGAGUUUGUUGCUGCCUUCCGCUUGUCUAAGGAAGCUGCCAGGGAGGUGUGCGAGGCUGUUCGGGCAGACCUGCGGCGAUCACAACAGUCUCGUCAAACAACCCUGAGCGUGGAGCGGAGAGUCCUCAUAGCCCUCCGCUUCUAUGCCACUGGAGCCACCCUCUGGAACAUUGCGAGGGAAGAUACAAUCGCUUGCAGUAGGCACGCGGUAUCCGAGGCAAUCCAUGAGGUUACCCAAGCUAUCCUGAAGAACCUCGCGCCAAAAUACCUGCGCUUUCCUACAACAGCUGAGCAGAAGCUGCAAGUCAAGAGUGGUUUUCAUGAGCUGGCCGGUUUUCCAGGCUGUGUUGGUGCUAUGGAUGGUACCCAUGUAGAAAUCAUGCAGCCGAGCCUUUCGGAUCCACGCUGUAGGGACUACAAUUACUAUUGCCGCGAAGGUUUCCAUUCCCUCAACGUCUUGAUGGUUUGUGACGCCGCCAGGCGAAUUCUUUUCCUUAAUGCGAGGUUCCCUGGGUCAUGCCACGAUGCCUACAUCUGGUCAGUCUGCAAUCUACGUGAAGCAGCUACCACAGUAUUCGAAGAAGGAGAGUGGUUAGUUGGUGACAGUGACUACCCACUGCAGCCUUGGCUGAUGACACCGGUCCCCUCACCCACAGCGCAAGAUGAACAAAGCUACAAUGAUGCACACAACAGGGCCCGUGCAUGCAUUGAGCGCUGCAUUACGGAGUUGAAGGUCCGAUUCCAGUGCCUCCACAGACGGCGUCCAUUGCACUUCGCUCCCGGUCGCUGCUGCAGUAUCAUCAAUGCCUGCGCCGUGGUACACAACAUGUGUGUGGCAUAUAACAUACGUGAGCCCUUCGCUAAUGCUGGAGAAGAGGCGGAAGAUGAUGCAACAGAGGAGGAGAGUUCAGAAGAAGAGAACGACGAUCCCGAGCCCAUGAGGAACAGGGCAGCAGAAGUUAGAAGCCAGCUCAUUGCACGAGAUUUUAGACAAAAUCAAUGACAUACCUCACAGGCUGGAAUUUUGCUUUCUACACCUCCGUAAGGACAGCAGAGAUCUGUACAUAAUACGCAAAGUGUGACCGUAUGGGCAAACUGCGUAUAUUUUGAAGUUGAACUAUGUAGCAUGUUGUUUUUACGAAGCGCCUCAUACAAGAGGCAUUCCAAAGAAUACCAGUGACAGCACCACCUGUUGCUAUGUUGUCAUGUGUAUAGACCUGUCAAGUUACAGGUAGUGGUUACUGUAUUUAAUUACCCUUAUAAUAAUGGUUUAUUAUAUCUGGACACCUUAAAGGUCAGCAAAUGCAGCUGUAAUUUCAUUACGUUUUGUGUGCAACUUGUACUCGAGAGACUUUACGCUGUUACUUCACGCUUUAUUUUUUAAAAAAUUGGUUGUGAAUUUUUGUGUGCUGCACUUUCUCUUUUCAAAUGCUGGGGCUUUUCUGCUGCAUUCAAGUGUUCCAUUUUCCUUGUUAGCAGUUUUUUUUUUUUUUUCCUUGUGGCAGUGAACAAGGCUUGAACAGUUCUUGUGGACACUAGUGUUGAGUCAACAAUUUCUUGCCGUUGUUUUCAUACAUUUUUCGUGGUUCCCACUGUCUGCACAACCACGAGCGCAGUUGAGCUACUCAUUUAAAAUCAGUGUUAUAUGUGCUUUCUGUGUAGAUAUUCUGUUUUCUGCAUGUGAGCUAUGUUGUUCAACGAAGCAUUUACGUUGUUUCCUAUUAUCUCCUUUAAUGUGCUUUAAUGCAAUCAGCUUCAUGUAAUUCAGGAACAGUGGCCAAGCCAGAAAUAUAUUUCGGGAGGAGCCCUA